GAUUCUGGAUGAGUGGGGCUUUCAGCAGCUAUUUUAUGGCAAAGCUUUUGCUCCUUUUGCCCCGGCACUUGUGCAGUGUUUCGCUGGCGAGACCGGGAGCUGUGACAGGUAGCUGCUCUGGAAAGACAGAUAUUUGACUUUCUGGGUUAUCAGUGGGUGCCCAUCCUGGCUAAUUUUUUGCAUAUAAUGGCUGUCAUCCUGGGUGUCUUUGGCACCAUCCAAUACAGAUCCAAAUACCUCGUACUGUAUGCAGUGUGGCUCGUGCUGUGGGUUGGAUGGAAUGCAUUCAUCAUCUGUUUUUACCUGGAAGUUGGACACCUUUCACAGGACCGAGACUUCAUCAUGACAUUCAACACAUCGCUGCAUCGCUCGUGGUGGAUGGAGAACGGCCCCGGCUGCCUGGUGACUCCCGUGAUCAACUCCAACCUGGCCCUUGAGGACCACCAUGUCAUCACGGUCACGGGGUGCCUGCUGGAUUAUCAGUACAUCGAGGUGGUGAGCAGCGCAACGCAGAUCUUCCUUGCGCUCUUUGGAUUUGUUUAUGCCUGCUAUGUGAGCAAAGUGUUCAUGGAAGAAGAAGACAGCUUUGAUUUCAUUGGAGGGUUUGAUUCAUAUGGCUACCAGGCACCCCAAAAGAUGUCACAUUUGCAGCUACAGCCUUUGUACACCUCUGGGUAACUGUUUCCUUACCUACAGUGAACUGGCCUCUGGGGACAUUUGCAAAAAUGCAAGGCAAGCAGGAUGCGCGACAUGCUAAGCCAUCCCAAAAACAUGUGGCGGACAUCUCUGUCGGAGGGUUGGUGCGGCCAGCACGGUGACUCCAUCUUGCUUCCCCACCCCUUUUUAACUCCUUUGUUUGGGCAGCCGCAGCGUUUCCACACACUGUGUGAAACAUCGGCAAAGAGUGUCUCUUCUUAAGUGUACCAGAAGAUCAGACGGUUUUGGCUCAGAGACCGAGGAACCAAAAGAAGCUCGAUGCUCCACCUCUUGGCCAGUGUUUGUAGUGCAGCUCGGAACCCCAGCAAAGAAAGAACCUCCAGCGAGGGUGACAUUGUGCUACAAAGAGAGAAGGAGAAGUGCUUUCUAAGGAAGACAGGUUUUUUUUUUUAAAGUCAUUUCCUAUUGUCUCAUUUGCUUCUGAGCAAAUGGCUUUGCAAUGUGGUGAUCCGUGCAUUGCAAUACUCUACAAUAAAGUGUGAAAC